AUGUACGGCCACUGCUUGACUCUCUGCAACGCACUUCACUCUGAGGCCGUCGUGCACCAGGUUGUGUGUGUCUGGCUGGUGGCAAGGGAAGCCUCUGGCAGCCUGGGGCUGUUAAGGUGCAUGAUAGAAGCCAGCCCAGAUUCUUGCUCUCACAUCCACUUCUCUUGCCUCCUUCUCCUUUGGAGUCAGGUGCACCUCAGACCCAUAGACAUGUCUUGCUAUGACCAGUGCUGGCCCUGCUGCCCGCCCUGCUGCCCAACCCCACUGGCCAACAGCUGCAACGAGCCCUGUGUCAGGCAGUGCCAGAACUCCACUGUCGUCAUUGAGCCUCCUGCUGUGGUGGUGACCCUGCCCGGCCCCAUCCUCAGCUCCUUCCCUCAGAACACCGUGGUGGGAUCCUCCACCUCUGCUGCUGUUGGCAGCAUCCUCAGCUGUGACGGAGUCCCCAUCAACUCUGGGUGCUGUGACCUCUCCUGCAUCACCAGCCGCUACUGUGGCAGCAGAUGCCCUCCCUGCUAAAGAUGUAAGCAGUAGCCAGUGGUACAAGGACCCCCUGGAACUCAGAACUUGGUGCUGGACAGAGGAUUCAACUACAUGCCAUUGUUUUAAGAGCAGCUCACCAUCUCUGGCUUGCCCUGCAAGGGUAGAUGUGAAGAUGUCUUCCUGGGCUCUCUGUAAGCAUGGCCAAUGUCUACCCUUCCUUUUCCUGUCUUUCUCUCAUUCUUUUUGUCUCUUUCCUUUGUUUUCUUGUGUUUCCCUCAAAGCCUGUUGUGAGAGCCCAGAAACCAGCCUGGAGGGACCUGCAGC